AUGGAGAUGGAGAAGAAGAGAGAUAUUAAGCAUCCUUUUCAUGAGCAUCCCUUGGUGUUUGUGGAAGAUCAAAGCACUGAAGGUGAGAAAGCUUACUGCUCAGCCUGUGGGGAUGUGAUUUCAGAUCCAUACUUUAGUUGUCCACCCUGCAAUUAUCACCUUCAUCACAACUGUGCCCUCGCACCCGAGAGAAUUUCCAGUCACCCUCUCCAUCCCAAGCACUCUGAUUUUUUUCUUCGAGAAAGGCCAUAUCCUGGUGAUGAGUUAAAAGCCACCAUCAACACUCAUUCACAUUAUUGGAGAAGAAGUCCAUUCAUUUGUGAUGCAUGUAGUACUGAGGGGAACUAUAUGUCUUAUACAUGUUCUACAUGCAGCAUCACAGUCCACAAAGAUUGCAUUUCACUCCCACGUAUUAUCAAAUUUUCACGACAUGAUCAUUGUCUUUCUCACAAAUAUUUUCUUGAAACACAAGAUCUUACAAAGCAAGAUUGUAAGAUUUGCUUCAAUGAAGUGAAGCUUGACCGUGGGAGUUACUCUUGUGUGAAGUCUGGUUGCAAGUACAUUGUUCACGUUAAUUGUGCCUUGGAGGAUGACAGAUUUUACGAGGUGGUUGAGCGAGAAAGCCAAUGCGAGGAGCUCUAUGGAAGUUCAGCUGAGUCUACGCAGUCUUCCAUCACUCGCGUUGUUGAGGUGAGCGAAGAUGGGGAAGCCACAAAGAUUGAACAUUUCAGCCAUGAAGGUCAUUGCUUGGUGUUAGCAGAGAAGAUGGAGGAGGAAACUGAUAGAAGAUGUGAUGGGUGCAUGCUACCUGUCUCAACUCUGUUUUAUUAUUGUUCUGAAUCAGAAUGCCAUUUCUAUCUCCACAAAAACUGUGCCGAGCUGCCAAGAGUAAAGCGUCAUUGGUUUCGUCGAUCUUCUGCCACUCUCGACUCCACAAGCUUCGGGCGGUGUGACUUGUGCAAACGACCUUGUAGCGGUUUCUUCUACGUUAUCAGAGGAUUCUACAUUUGUUUAAGGUGUGCUGAAGUACCUGACGUGAUUGAAUUUCAAGGACACGAGCACUUGUUGUUUUAUGAUUUCAAAUGCAGGGAGCGAUGCAAUGGUUGUGGCGCUGACCCAGGUGAAGAAGGUGCAUUCAGAUGUGGAAAGUGCAGUUUUGCUUUGGAUUUCAAAUGCUUAUCAUUACCACAAUCAGCUGUUCACAAAAUUGAUCAACACCAGCUGAACCUCACCUAUCACGAUGAUAAUGAUUAUUCAAAGCAUCUUCAUUGUGAUAUAUGUGAAGUAAAAAGAGACCCGAGCCUGGUAUUAUUGUUGUUCCAUCUGUGA